ACUUCAGCCCGGAAAUAUCGUUUGAAGAAGUUCCUCCUGAGCUUCCUGUGUGUUAAUCCACUUGUUGAGGAGAAGAGGAGGACGAGGAGCUGGAAACAAAAGUUAAAGCUUCACCUACAACCAGCGUAAUAAUGGCCGUUUAACCGGAAGAGUUAACCUGGACGGUCGAGCACCAUGUUCGGUUUGAGAGAAGCCGGAAUCCUCGGCGCCUCCGUCGCUGUAGCGGGAGGAGUCGCUUAUCUUAUCUGGAACUACGUCUCCUCCUUCCCGGGGCAGAAGACGCCGGAACCCCGGCCCUCCGGACAGGACGGUGGGAGUCCCAGAAGAGAGGAAGGAGAAGGCGAGAAAAAGAAGGAGGAGGAGGAGAGGAAAGAGGAGGCUACAACCGAACAAACUGUUGUGGUCUCUGCUGCUGCGCCUGUUGUUGCCGCCAAAGCUCCACAAUUAUCAGAGUCCAAGCCUGUGGAGACAGCGGGGACACAGGUUCUGGUUCUGGGUCUGAACGGAGCCGGUAAAACCAGUCUGCUGCACUGCCUGGCGACAGGCUGCCUGGAGCAGGACAUGCAGCCGACGCAGGGCUUCAACGCCGUCUCCAUCAACAGGGAGGACAUGCACAUCGAGUUCCUGGAGAUCGGAGGUAAAGAGGAGCUGCGACCGUACUGGCAGAGGUACAUGUCCAGGGCUCUCCUGAUGGUGUUUGUGGUCGACUCCGCCGACCCCCAGCUCUUCCCCAUCGCUAAGAAACAUCUACACGAGCUGCUGACCUCUGACCCCCGCCUGCCGUUAAUGGUGCUGGCCAACAAACAGGAUCUUCCAGGCGCCUGCAGCAUCACCGACCUCCACGACGCUCUGUCCCUGUCCGAGGUCGGGGACCGCAGGUUGUUCCUCAUCGGUACUCAUGUGAAGAGGGGCGAGGCGGAGCUGAGCUCAGGCGUUCAGGACGCCCGGGACCUGAUCACCCAGAUGGUUUGUGAAGGCAGAUAAAAGAAAGAAAAAAACACUCUGGUUGCAGUUUGUCUGUGGUUUUCACUAAAUCCUGUGUUUUUGGUUCUUUGCACUUCUUCACUUUACUGUUUUCACUACACCAGGUCGGCUGAAACUCUUUUAUUUAUUUGUGAGAAAAUUAAAAAGUGUUGUUUUUGAUACGUUACAGGUGGGAUUUAAGAACAUAAUUUAGUUUUACUGUUAACUAACAACCAGAUAAAUAUUUUUUUUCCCAGACUUAUCUUUAUUGAUGCUGAGGGACACUCCUGGAAAUUGUUUUCUAAUUUUAUCCUCAUCAAAAAUUAAUUUUCCUUUUGGCCCAGCAGGUGGUGAACAGAGCCAUAAAUGUUACUCACAUGGUUACAGCUUUAUCACCAGCAAGGUGCUAACAGUUUGUUAGCAUCGUAGCUUCUUCCUCUUCUCACAGUGAAUGUAAACAAGCAAACAAACCAAAAAAAGUAAAAGCACAGCCUGUUAUUUUUCAGAUUUGGACUGUAUCAUGAUGUUGUUCAUGUGUUACAAUCUACAGAAUAUUUAAUACCUCAACACAAAGACGUAAAGAAAACUUUAAAAACAAGCAUAUCAGUUUAGAGUAACGUUAAUUUCCUGUUUGCAUUCACUGACAUGUCAAAGUAAAACACAAAAACCUGAGCAGACUCUGUGUUUCUGGGUGUUUUUAUGUUUCAAACUGUGACUUGUUUCUGCCAUCUGGGGCCGCCAGCAUGCAGAAACACUGAGUGCAACCUCCUGAGUCAAAACCUCCGGGAGAGAAGCUUCCUGUCGUGCCGUUAAUAUUCAGAAGCGUAAUUCCAGCAGGAAACCACAGUUAUUUAACGUCUAAAUAAAUAAAACAGGCUCAUUAUUGAAGCAGCUGGCUCCAAUAAUCUGCUGUUUUACUGUCGUGUUAUUAAUGACGACACCAAAAAUGAACACUGUACGUGUUGCUGUCGAGUUACAGCUUUAAAAACAUUCAUGAUACAAGUUCAUUGUUUUCUACUUUAAUGUGUUUUGUCUUAAAUUUAAAGGGAGUUUUCUUAAAAAGGAGGUUAUGUUUUUCUUCUGGAUCAGCUUUAUGUGUUUACAGCUUUUUCCUCCUUAUUUUAUCUUCUUACUGUUUCAUUUGAUGAAAUCUGCUGUGUAAAGCCUUCAUAUGUGUUUCUGAGGAAUGUAAAAGUUUCAAAUAGCACUUCUUUUUUUUUCAUUUUCAUCCAAAGUUUCUCCAAUUUUUUUUCCAAAACCAAAAUGUGCGAUUUAAAGUAUUGUGUGAAAAGAUUUGUCGCAGUUUGUUAAUAGUUUUUCACAUUUAAAUAAAAUGUUUCCAGUAAA